UGUGUAUGAUUAAUUGAUAAUAUUAUGUUUAUUCAAUUGUAUGAUAAUAUUUAUAAAUGUGGCAAGGGUCAAUGAAUGUUAUUAUGAAUAGCAAAGAUUAAAUAGUUGAGAAUAAAUAUAUUUUAUAUGCGUUUGUUAAAAAACGGGCUUAAUAAAUAUUGUGGUGGUUAUUUUGAAUUCUCUUCUGAAAAAAAUUGGGGAACAGAACAAGAUGACUGUAGAAUAUUUGAUUCUAUUGAUAUAACACACUUAGCUGACAGUAUAGCUAGUGUACCAUUUAAUUUGCGGCAUAAUAUACCUGUUGACUUAUUCACUGUAGAACAAUUGGAAGAAUUUGAAGUAGAAUCAUCUCUUGCUUUAAGUCGACAUUCAUUUCAAUGCAAAUCAAAAUUAAGUAAUAAAAUUAUAAAAUCAACAUCAACUGAAAGUAGUUGUGUACCAGAAACAGAUAAAUUAUUGGAAUUAAUCAUGAAAAAUGAUUCUAGAGCCGAAGAAGAUAAUAAUGAUUUGAAUUGUGAGUUACAAUCUAAUGAACAAUUAUGUGCAAUAUUAGGAAAUAAGAAGCCAUUCAUUAACAUCUUACAAGAUGAAGCUAAUACAAUCCAUAAUAUAGAUAUUUCUAAAACUGAUUCUAAAACAAUUAUUGAUCAAAUUACAUCAAUUAAACUUGAUUCUGAAGUAAAUAUAACAAAUCAUGAUUCUGGUCAUUGGCUUGAUUCUAUGUUAGAAGACAGUGACGAAUAAAAGUAACAAAUUUAUUUUAUUGUACUUUAAUAUUUUUGAAUGUGACUCAUUUUUUUUUUUUU